AUGGCAGAGUACACUCUGGAUGUGACUACAGGGAGUAUGACGCAUGCAGGCACAUUUGAUAACAUGUAUGUUACCCUGAUUGGUACUGAGGGGGAAUCUGAGCGCAUUAAUCUGACCAACUUUGGCUUGGAUGAUAAAACUGGAAAAGUGGGAACGUAUUCUGUGACUUCACUUUUGUCUUUAGGAUGUCUUCUCUUCCUCAAGUUGGAGAGAGAUCCUUUCCAUGAAUCCCCAGAAGAGGAUUGGUUUUGCUCUAAGAUAGUGGUGAGGACACCUGAGGAGGAUGAAAUUAUUUUCCCCUGCUACACAUGGCUGUCCAGGGGUGAAACUGUGUGGUUGAGAGGAGGGAGAGAACAGAUGGAAGCUGAGCUCAAACUGAAAGGUCUGAUAAACUCAACUGAGCACUGGAAAAGCUUUGAGGCCAUGAAGGGGGUGUCCUGGUUCAAAAAGUCACCAUUGUCAGAGUAUGUGUCGGAGCACUGGAAGGACGAUGACUUUUUUGGAUACCAGUUUCUUAAUGGAGUCAACCCCUUUGUGAUCCAACGUUGCUCAAAGCUUCCUGCCAAUUUCGCCAUCACAGAGGAAAUGGUGAAGCCUUUUCUAGCCAAUGGAAGCUCUUUGACUGCAGAGAUGGAGAAGGGUAAUAUAUUCAUAACUGAUUACAAAAUCAUGGAAGGUCUUCCUACAAGAGUUAUUGAUGGUAAAACAGCAACUGUGACUGCUGCUCUCUGCCUGCUGUACCUGAAUCCAGAGAAGAAACUACUGCCCAUCGCAAUUCAGCUCGGGCAGCAGCCAUCAGAAGAAAACCUGAUUUUCCUGCCUAGCGACUUGGAGUCUGACUGGCUGCUGGCCAAGAUAUUUGUGAGGAAUGCAGAUGUCAUCCAUAAUGAAUUGAUCAGUCAUUAUCUGAGGACUCAUCUACUGGCAGAAGUUUUUACAAUAGCGACACUUCGCAACCUCCCAAUGAUUCACCCUCUGCACAAGCUGCUGAUCCCCCAUUAUCAACAUACCCUCCAUACAAACAUUCUUGGCCGUGCUCUGCUUUUUGGCUCUGGCAGACGUUUAGAAAAAAUUUCAAUUGAAUCACAUGGACAAAUAGAACUACUGAGAAGGGGGCUCUCCCAAACAACCUAUGCCUCCCUCUGCCCGCAUGAAAACCUUGCAGCUAGGGGACUGGAGUCCAUCCCCAACUUUUAUUACCGAGAUGAUGCACUGAGGCUGUGGAACAUCAUCAACAGCUUUGUCAAGGCAAUCGUGCCAUAUUAUUAUCCAUCUGACAGCGAAGUGUCAGCCGAUUUCGAGCUCCAGGAAUGGGUCAAUGAGAUCUUCUACUAUGGAUUUCUGAGAAAUGUUGACUCAGGAAUCCCUUCAAGCUUUCAAACUGUGGAGGAACUAAUCAAGUUUGUCACUAUGGUGAUCUUCACGUCAUCAUGUCAGCAUGCUGCAGUGAACAUUGGACAGUUUGAUUUUCUAGGUUGGAUUCCCAAUGGUCCGAUGUCACUGAACCAUGCUCCACCAACAACAAAGGGACAGUCGAGCAUGGAGACCAUCUUGGCAACUCUGCCAAAUAAGUCAUCAGCAGGACUUUCAAUGGCAAUCUUGUGGCAGCUCAGUAGCAAGUAUGAGGAUUUUGUACCUCUGGGUACUUAUCCUGAGCAACGCUUUGAUGAGCCUGCGGCCUUACAGAUGAUCAAGGAUUUUCAAGCAAAGCUGUCCUCCCUCAGUGUGGCUAUUACCAAGAGGAACGCAGACCUUGAGCUUCCUUACAUUAACAUGAACCCUACAAAAAUAGAAAACAGUAUAACUAUUUGA